AUGGACUUCCUGCAGUUCUCUGCGGUACCUUCUUCCUCCUCUUCUCCCCUUUUUGGGCAGGCAUCUCGCCUCUCCCUCACCCCGAUCGUCGCUCUCAGGCGUGGUUUUAGGUUGGAAAGAGAGGAUACAUACGGCGACUCCUCUGACGAAGAAGAGCUCGAUGUCGCACUUCUCAAUAAAGACUGGAAACAACUGGAGCGAGCUGCUCUGCAGUUAGCUCCUCGAGACGAUCAUGACUCAUCCUUACAUGACUCGGUCCAUGCCUUACGUUACCUAGUCACUAUUCUCCUGGAUCACACCGCCAAGGCGGAUAAACGUGUCAAGGAGCUAGAAAAAGAAGUCACUGCCUUGUCCAAUUUGGACAAGGUCAACGCCUCGUCAGUGACCUCAAGACUUAGGUCUCAGGUCCGAGACUUUGGUGAUGCUAAAGCUCGGGUCGAGGCCAUCGAGGCCGCGAUCAGGAAGGAUACUUCUCGUUCCCCCCCCUCAACCCCAGAAGUAUCCGAAAUUGAUACAGCAGUUUCUAAAGUCACGGGUUCUGUUGAAGCACCAGCCUUGGAAAAGUUGGUAGCUGAUUCUACAGUAUCCGCCCUUUCCUCUCCCGGUCUGUUGCUGGAUGCGGUUGGGAAGGCGUCCUCGAGCUUAGCUGCCGACUUUGUUACCAGAACCGAGCUGGGGACUUUCUUUGAUGAGAAGAUCCGCUCAGUUUCUGAGUCAAUGAAAUCUGAAGCUGCUUGCAACGGUAGUAGAGAUCAACAAAAUGAUAAGUUGAUCUCCACUAUCGACUCUAUUAGCAAGAAGAUGGACUCCUUUGGGAAGAAGUCCUACUCUCAAGUCAUUGCCGGCAGGAGUGCCGGUCCUCCCCCCCCGCAACCGAGGGCGAAAAGGCCACGCACCUCCCCCCCCAUACCUCAGGCUGGCCGUGGCACUCCUGCCCCGCCCCGUCCACCUUCUCCCCCGGAGUCGGAACCAGGAGUGAUGACGCUGGGGAAACCUCCGCUUAAUCUCUGCCUCUUCUGCAUCUCCGAAACCUCGGAUUCAUUCGAGGACACCAGGAGUUUUGCCAGAGACUACUUACACCUCCCAGAACUCCAUGCCUCUGCAAAUCGUCGAGGGAAAGCUUCGGCUAACCCCAUACCCCGUCCUUUGGUAUUGAGGUUCUUCAAUAAGAAAGACCGCGAUGUCUUCUUCCGCGCUUUCUCUGUCUUCCUACGACAACAUCCCCAACCUGUCACGGGCUACAGGGCUUCUCCGGACUUAACCCCCACCGAGAUCAAAACGCGAGAUAAACUUCGCGAAGAGGUUAACCGUGGUAGGGCUUCCGGCAGAGACUUGCGGUUCCGCGAUGGGCUCAGGAUAGCGGAAUUCCGAGAUGGACGCUUCUUACGCUGGGUGGAUUCGGAGGCGGCAGGCAACAGCCAAGAUUCUGCUCCUGCCGAACCGACGUCUCCCGCACCUGCUCCUGCCGGGGAUUAG